ACCGCCCCACAAGCUGGCACCGCGGGGUGGGCGUUCCGUACUAAAGACGGCGCGCAGACUAAGGCCACGCUCCAGUUGCGAGAGCGCCGCCGAGCGUGCGGGGCCGAAGUAGUCAAAGCGGAAGCGCGGGGUUUGCCUCCAGUCAAGCCGCGGCGGUGGUUUCGCUCGAACUUCGCGUGUAGAGCGGCCGGCCGGGACGCGGCGCCUCGAGGGGGUGUCCCCCGGCCACGUGCUGCGCCCAGGGACUCGAGCGGAGGGGACCCUCACUCUUUCGCUGGCCGCUUUUCGGACCGCCGCUGGUGGCGGCCGGCCGGGAGACGCUCCGCAUGCGCCGCUCGAGGAGGCGAGUGGGUGAAGAGAAGGGCUCCAAAUUCAAACGACGGAGGCAGCAGCGAGGAAACCCGGAGGAGUAGCCCGAAACCGAGCGGGAGAGAAGCGGGAGAGAAGAAAGAAAGGCGGCGGUUGGGAGGAGAAGAGAGGAGAAUAAAAAGAGGAGGAAAAGGUGGGAAAGCCGAGGCCGGGUGAGGAUCCCUGGCAUUCCCUACCGAGGGAGCGGGGCUCUUCUCCUCGCUUUAUUGCUCCCCUGCCAAGGCAAACCCCCUCCCCCCCCUUGACUCGUUUCCUCUCCCUUCCUCUGGAGCCGAGGCUACCCAUUGUGCACCGCCAUGGUAGAUAGGGGUCCUUUGUUGACGUCGGCGAUUAUUUUCUACCUGUCCAUCGGAGCAGCUAUCUUCGAAGUGCUGGAGCAUCCUCAUUUGCAAAAUGCGGCCGAGGGUUACAAGCAGAAAAAGUCGGAGCUCCUGAAAGAAUUUCCCUGCCUGAGCCAAGAAGGGCUAGAUAAGAUCCUGCGGGUGGUCUCAGAAGCUGCUGGGCAAGGAGUUUCAAUCGAUGCUAAUGACACAUUUAAUUACUGGAACUGGCCUAAUGCUGUCAUCUUUGCUGCUACAGUGAUUACAACCAUUGGUUAUGGAAAUGUUGCUCCAAAAACUUCAGCUGGGCGACUUUUCUGUAUCUUUUAUGGACUUUUUGGUGUUCCACUCUGCUUAACAUGGAUCAGUGCUUUGGGAAAAUUUUUUGGUGGUCGUGCCAAGAGGCUGGGCCAAUUCCUAACGAAGAGAGGAGUAAGCCUGAGAAAGGCACAAAUUACUUGCACAGCUAUCUUUAUCAUUUGGGGCAUUCUGGUCCACUUAGUUCUUCCUCCUUUGGUUUUUAUGGUGACUGAAGAAUGGGAUUACAUUGAAGGCCUCUACUUCUCAUUCAUCACCAUCACGACAAUAGGAUUCGGAGACUAUGUUGCUGGUGUGAAUCCAAAUAUGGACUACCACUCCCUGUAUAGAUACUUUGUGGAGCUGUGGAUCUACCUAGGCCUUGCUUGGCUUUCAUUGUUCGUCAAUUGGAAAGUCAGCAUGUUUGUAGAAGUUCACAAAGCAAUCAAGAAACGAAGGAAGAAAAGAAAAGAGUCCUUUGAAAAUCACUCUCCCACCAAAAAAGUUCUUCAGAUGUCUAACACAAAAGAUAUCAACAUAUUCAGUUUCCUUUCCAAAAAGGAAGAAAGUUACAAUGAUCUCAUUAAACAGAUUGGAAAGAAGGCUUUGAAAACAAGCAGUGAUAAAAUUCUCAACUCGGAGCAAACCAAGCCAACCUUACAGCACACCAAUAAAGACCUCAAAGUGAUGUACACAAGGAACAAUAUGUUUGACUUUGACAAUGUUUCUCUUGGACUGCAAAACUAUCACGUGAUGAGGCAUUUGACUGACAAACGUCUUGGGGACAGCCCAAUAGAAGGCAAUGUGUUUGUAAAUCAGCUGGACCGGAUCAGUGAAGAAGAAGGGGAAGCAUGGGAUUCUCGGGAUUAUCGACCGUUGAUUUUCGAAAAUGCCAACAUAAAAUUUGUAAAUGAGGGUGAGGAUGAAGAGGAGGACCUUUCAGAUGAUGAAGAAACUUCAAAGUCUUCAGUGGAUGACAAUCUUGCACAGGAGCCUCAAAGCCCCCAGAAACUGCUGAAAUUUUCAUCCUCUGAUGAAUCUACUUUUACCAGUAAUGAGAUGGUGAUAUCAGUGCCUUAUGAGCAGCUUAUGAAUGACUAUAACACAUCAGAUACUGCCAAGGCUGCAACGUGAGAAAGGUGGGAGGGAGUUUCUUGAAAUCAUAUGAUGCAAAAUGUUAAUAGAUAACGAUCUGAAUCAACAACCAUAAGUGAAGAAGAAGAAAUAUCCUAUGAGAUAUUUUCCACCACUUCCUUCUGUUAAGCAGACUGAAAACACGUGUUGCCUGGAUCUUGUCUGUUGGUGAAUUUUAUUCACUAUGAAAUAACUGUCCUAAAACCUUGAAGGUUCUCUAGGGAUUUGAUGGUUUUUGAAUUUAAGAGAGGAAAAGCCUAAACUGAUUGGACCUGUCUGUUCUUCCUUCCUUCCUUCCUUCCUUCCUUCCUUCCUUCCUUCCUUCCUUCCUUCCUUCCUUCCUCUCUGUCUCUCUUUCUUUCUCCCUCCCUCCCUCCCUCCCUUCCUCUCUCUUUCCUUAAGAUUGCAGUCAGACUGGUUUUGGUUGAUUGCAGGCCAUGGUUACAUUGGAUUACUGCAUUAACUCUUCAGCCCUGAAGAAACUGAAUGCAAAUCAUGCCAAGGUUCAGAAGGAAAAAUAUUGAUGGAUUUAUCAUAGUCACAUCACAAAACUCUCUUCAUUCUCCCUUAAGGGAUGCUUGAACUGGAAGAAGAGCAGAGUAUUCUGAAGGCCAGAGUUGAGAUACAUGGGUGACUUGACUAGUGUUUGUCUAAGUUAAUAUAGCUCUGUUGAAUUAUGAGCUGAAGUUCAUGAACAAAAAUACUAACUUGAAACACAAGGUCAGUCUACUGGAAAUAUGGAUUUUGUAUGGACAAGAAACUAAAUAUUUCCAAAUGUUCCUGAUGUUUGUGAAAAGCACAUAUAACGGAUUGAAAUACAGUAAAACAGAAUGGUGCAAGAAGAUACAGAGAGGAUAAUUAAAAAUGAAGAAAAGCACAGUAACAAACUUUUUUUUUGCAUCAGAAGUGCCCUUUCACCAUCAUCCAUACUCUAGAGGAAAUACUUGAAUGAACUUCAUUUAUAGGUCUAAGUGAAGUUUAAAGGAACUCUGCUUCUGAAUAAGUGUAUCUUAUUAAAUAGGUUGAAUAGCUGAAGUUCCAUUUGAAGGAUUUAAUAACUAAUUUCUUCUUUGUUCUGUCAGUGUCUCCAUUUCUAUAAAGUUCUCCACUCCAUCCGGUACUUUAGUAUUAGGGAAUAUUGUGUUAUGAGAUGAAAUACCGCUGAAGUAUUUCAGGUGGCUUUCUAAAUAAAGUGUUAGCUUAUUUUUAAUGAGUUCCUUUAACAAAAGAGAAGGAGUAUGAGAAGUAUUACAGAAGCAACGAAAUGUAAUUGUCACAUCAAAAUUUAUCUAUCUUUUUAUAUUACUAUAAAACUGUCACAAUGAUUGGGAUUAUUUUUAAAGUAGAAAGCUGCCUAUGAUUUGUAACUUUCUGCUGAAAAACAAUUCUCAGAAGUAUUCUAGCAGUGUAAGUACUGGAGCUACUUGGAUGAUUUACACUCCAGUGUAAAUCUUUUAUGUUAUAGUUCAGUGGCUUCAGUUUGGAAAUAGAAUGAAAAUUAUAGCUAUUGAAACCUUGAGGAGAGGAUUUCAGAAUUGAAAAUGGUAAUAAGGCCAAGUGGAAUUUUGCAGAACUAAUUGUGAAUAAUAAGGUACAUUCAAAUCCACUCAUGUGCUUAAUUUUGAAUCUUACGUUGUGAGAGUGAAUGUAUUUAUUAUCUUUAGAAACUUGUCUCUGACUAGAUGUACACUCCUGUUCGCAAAUGCUUCUUGAAAAGACAGUUUUAACAUAUAUGCUGAAAAAAAGUCCAUUCCUGUUUUGAAUUGUACACAGUUUAUGCAGAAAUGUUUGCAGAAACUUCAUUACUAAGGAACCCAAACAGUUGUAUUUUCAUACAGUUAUUUCAUUGAAGGUUCCAGUGUUACCAUUUGGUUCUAGCUCAAGAGGCUAUUUUUGUUGCUCCCUAAAACAUGGUAGCUAUUUGAGUAGAUGGUUCCUUGAAAGACAAGGUUGAUUUUUUUAUUGCUAAACAGUAAACCAUCUUUAUCAUCAAACAGCUCAAAGACCCAGAGGUGUUGUCUUAAAUUUACAUUUCCAAUUGAGCGGUUCUUAGUUAUGAAUACCACUUGUGUCAUGUGUAAAUGACAAAAGUAUAUCUGGCUUUCUUGAAAGUAACCCUGUAAAGCUGAUGUAUUCUGGGAUAUAUUUCAUAAAUGAAUGGCUAAAAAGUUUGCCUCUGCACUAAAGAAGCACACAGUAGUGUGUAAAAUGAAUAUUAUUAAUGCUUUACAGCAUUUUAAAUACAGUACAGGAACAGAAAGGUGAGAGUGGAUGAUAAGUGUAUGUUGCUGCUUUGGAUGUAUCUCUUUUGGAUUGUUUAUGUGCUGGAUUGCACAGGUAGACAGAUGUGAAAUGACAAGCUUGAAACAGCUUGCAUAUAGAGAUAAGGUCCUUUCUAAAGUUCAGGCUUGGUGCUGCUGUUUAGGUUUGAUGCACAGGGUAUUAAUACCUUCCUUUAAAAGUGUCCCAUAAUUUGAGGGAUUUGUCUAGCUGUCAAAUAAGCAUCAUGUUUUUAAAAUUGAAAUCAAGAUAAAAUUGAUAGUUAGACUUUGGUUUGCUAUUUGAGCUUAUUAGUGGAGAUUUAUUCCAAGUGCUUGGACCAUUGACAGGAGCCUUAAUUCUUAAUAAUUCCAUUUUGUGCCUUGCUACAGGUGAAAUGACAAAAUGUACUUACUCACUGUGACUAGCACAAAGGUGUAUGAAAUGUUUUAUUAGCUGCAUAAUGUGUUCAAUUGCCCUUUAUCUGAGUACAGUUUUCCAGCAGGCAUUACAUGGUAGCAAAUUGACCCUAUUAGAGAAUUGAUCUUCCUUACCAUUCUCAUAGGAAAUAUUGUCUUCCAUGUAUUAAGGGAAACUAGACUUUUUGUUCUGAGUCUUUAUUUAUGGCUCUGGACAAAUAAAUUAAAUACGAUGACAAAGGAGGCAAUUUUUGUUCUGAUUUUGGGAUUUGAUGAACUAACAUAUUAAAGAAACAUUGAUUCAGGGAGGAGAUUCAAUAACACUUGAAGGGUCUUCGAUUCUCUGGCUCUUUGACUACAUUUUGGAAAGAAUAUGCAUAAUAUGAAAUAUUGUGGAAUGUGAGGUUUGCAGACCGCUACUGCUUUUUUUAUGAAGACAGGGGACUGUACAGUUUAACAGAGCUAACCAGAUUAGCUUUGGGUUCAUGUUAUAUAACUGUUUACAGAAGGCAUUUAACAAAAUGGUUGCUAGCUAUCAAAAGCACCAGAGCAUGAAUAGUACUCAUAUGUUUCAAAACAAGAGGGAGGGAUCUUCCUUGGUACCUCUAUAAACUGUGGAUCAUGAAGCCUUAAUAAUGCUGCUUUCUCUGUUUUUCCCUAUAACCGAUAUUAUGAGUUGUUGAAAACAAAAAUUGUUUCAGAAGUUGAAGCAAUGGGAUGAGUGACUUUUCUUCCUAUUACUCAGUAGAAUUCUCCCAUAAUCACAAUUAAUUAAGCCUGGUAGUAUUUCCUGGAGUUGUUUUCAAUAAUUAUAUGGCAAAAUGAUAAAGAAUGGAAACUACACUUACUAUUGAUUUCCAAACAUAUUUAAUACAAAACUGAUUCACAGUUUCCAUAACAGUUUUAUGUAAAGUACUAUUCAUACUUAUUUUAAAAUGUGCCACUGAAAGAACCGAGUAGAGUACUGUUAAGCAAGAGGGAAACGUUUUGAAAAAGGUCCUCUUUCUUUGCAAGUAUGAUUAACUCCAUUGCUGGCAAUGGAUAUAUCAAAACAUUGCAAAAUCACAGCCGGUUCUUCUUGUUUUGUAUCCCUAAACGUGGCCUGGUUUAUCACUUUCUUUUAUAGUGCUACCUUUUGUAUCUUGUUUUAAUUGGAAAUAAAAAGCAAUACAUAAAACUCCUAUUGAGACAUAAAUUUUGGCUACCACUUUGACCCAUUUUUAAUUUUUAUACCUUCUGUGCUGCACUGAACUCCUAGAGCUAAGGCAUCACUGUUUCAAAUAGUUCACAAAAUCUGAACAGCCUUGAAUUUGUCUCUGUCACUCCAUCACAUGAAAGAGACACAAGGGUUUUGUUUUGUUUUUAUCAGUUCUUGUUUGCUAAUUUGUCACUGGAAUCACUGUAUGUAAAUAUUAGACUUUAUAAAAUGUAAUUUAUUUUAACAUUUUUUUUCAAUAAAAAUGAAGCCUUUUUUUAAAAAAAAAA